AUGGUCAAAUUGAGGGAAGUCGCCGAAACGGCAACUUUUGCCUGGUCUUAUGAUUCAAUGCCAUUGAUGGCCACCGGAACAUUGGCAGGUGCCAUGGAUGAUACUUUCUCUUCGGAAUCUGCCUUGCAAUUAUGGGACGUUUUCAGCAAAGACACACCACUGGCCAAAUUCUCUCUUGACAAUAAGUUUACUUCGUUAGCUUGGAGCAAACCAUCCGCUAAGUAUGAGAAAGGGCUUCUUGCUGGUGCAUUUGAGAAUGGAGCUAUCCAGCUUUGGAAUUCCAGUUCCUUGCUUGACAAUCCAGACCUUACAGCAAGCUCAGUUGCUGAAUAUAAGAAGCACACCGAAUCUGCUUUACAGGUGAAAUUCAAUCCCUUGCAGGGUCACAUUCUUGGUUCUUCCGGAACUAAGGGCGAAAUAUUCAUUUGGGAUACAAACAAAGGGUCGUCGUUUUCGCCUGGACAGGCAAUGUCGCCAAUGGACAAAGUUUCCUCGUUCUCGUGGAAUAACAGCCAAUCGCACAUUUUUGCAUCUGCAGGAAAUACCAGCUACACAUCUAUUUGGGAGCUCAAAGCCAAGAGAGAAGUGCUUCAGCUUAGUUAUUCGGGAUCCAACUUGUCGGUGGUUGAAUGGCACCCAACAGAGAGCACGAAACUUGUUACUGCCUCUGAUUCCGACGGCGCUCCAGUCAUCUUGACAUGGGACCUAAGAAAACACACAACUCCGGAGCUGGUCUUGAAAGGACAUAGAAAGGGAGUUUUAUCGCUUGACUGGUGUAAACAAGAUCCUAGCUUACUGCUUUCGAGUGGAAAAGACGACUCCACCAUUUUGUGGAAUCCUCUUACCGGCCAAAAGCUUUGCGAGUAUCCAUCUUUGCCCAACUGGGUUCAUGAGACCAAGUUCGCUCCCAAACUUCCUGAAGUGUUUGCUAGUGCAUCAUUCGACAAGAAAAUACUAGUGCAGUCGUUGCAAGACACUUCUCCACCAGUGUCUGCUAAAGUGAACUCUGCUAACGAGGACGACUUUUGGAAUCAGCUUUCUUCUACAGACACUCAACAGCCUGUUUUUGAGGUAAAACAGGCCCCUACUUGGUUACAGAGACCAGUUUCUGCAACUUUCGGUUUUGGGGGAAAGAUAGUUGUUACUAUUAACGAACAGAAAGGAUCAUAUAUUAAGAUUUCUGAGUUCAAAGCCAGCAAGGCUGUCGAGGAAGCUGCCAGGAAGUUGGAUUCCGCGAUUCAAAGUAGUAAUUUCAAACAACUUUGUGAAGCAAGAGCUGAGGCCACCGAGAAAUACACAGGAAGCAACGAUUGGACUGCCUUACGUGAUUUAAUUGACAAUGGAAAGCUUUCGUUGAUAAAAAAGUUGAUUCCCGAAGAGAAGAAUGACGAGGAUAAACAAGUGGUUGACGAGACCUCUGUCGAUGAUGAGGAUUUCUUUGCUUCGCUUGGAAAGGAAAAAGAUAUCGUGGCCGAUUUCGUUCCAAGUGGCGAGUUCACGCUGGCUAAUGAUGGAUCAUUCGAAAGCCAGACAGCGGAAAAACUUUUGGCAGGAAAAAAUGAAGAAGCUCUUGAACAAUGUAUCAAGGACGAUCACAUAUUGGAAGCCCUGGUUAUUGCACUCAAUGGUUCUGAAAGCAUGAAGAAAAAGGUAAAGAAUGCGUACUUCUCGAAGUACUCGUCCAAGUCAACAUUGGCUAGAGUGCUAUACAGUGUGUCAAAUGGAAACGUUGGAGACAUUGUUCAAAACGCGGACAUAGGUUCUUGGAAGGUGAUUGCAAGUUCUGUUCUGGCCCAUUCUCAAGGGAAACCAGAAUUCAACGAAAAUUUUGUUAAGUUGGGAGAUAGACUCCUAGAGUCCAAGAGUUCAGAUGCCCGAGACAAUGCUAUAGCUUGCUACAUCGCCGGUGACGCAUUAGAUAAAGUUUCGGCUAUUUGGGUCUCUGAGUUGGAGAAUCUGGAGUCUUUCUUUUUGAAGCAGGAGGACGAGAGUAGCACACCUGCAGAUGCUCGUUUCAAAGCUUUAGAGGAAACCAUUGAGAAAGUUUUGGCAUACCAAUCUACCAAUUCUGCCACAAUCGGCUCUUCGCCUGAGAGCCUACAAGGUUUGGGUCAUGCAUACAGAGAAUAUGCGGAGGCUCUUGUGAACAAUGGACACUUUGAUUUGGCCAACAAGAUCUUGGAAAAAAUACCAGACACUGUUCCUGGCAUGAGGCUGGAAAAGGAGCGUAUUUCGAAGUCACUCAGCAAAAAGCAGAACGCCGUCAAACCAAAGGCAUAUGGCGGCAUUUCACAAGCAUCUUCUUAUGCUGCUCCACAGGCACAAGGGUACACUCCUGUUACUCCUGCUGCCCCAGCAAAUGGUACUGGUGUUAGUCCUCACUCCAAAUCAAACAACCAAGCUGCCCCAUUCAAUCCAUAUAGUGCUGCCGCAUCGCGUGCAGGAUCGGUUGCAACCCCCGUUUCCUCUAAGGCGCCUGCUGCGGUGCCAACGGGUCUGGCAGCUAAUCCAUAUGCACCAAGAACAGCACUAGAUUCAUUAAAACUGCAGAAGUCUCCACAACCUGGACAUCCAUCUCUGGCAUCAUCUAUGACUCCACCACCUCCUCCUAAGACAGCAAUAAAGAAAGACGUUGGAGGCUGGAAUGAUUUGCCUAGUACUCUGAGCUCGCAACCACCCAAGAAGACUUCUGUUCCAUCCGUUCCCUCAGCAUACAAUUUCCAUGCCAUUCAAGAACAAAACAAUACACCUCCUAUCUCAAGAACCCCGUCUCAACAAUUUGGAGUGCCUCCUCCUCCUCGUACCCUGAGUAAUACCUCGGUGUCCAAGACCACUCCACCACCUCCUGCAAACAGCGUGCAUCAGCCUCCUAGAUCUAAUAAAUACGGACCUCCGAGCUCUGUUGUCCAGUCACCCCAGCUUGCAGGAAAGGCCGAGCUAUCCACCCCAUCAAGUGGCAGAAACACUCCUUUUAACCCAUACGCACCUAAAGUGAACAGCCAGUCUAUUGAGUCUGCCAAGAUUCCUCAGGCUUCUCCUAAGAUUUACGCAGGAGCGCCUCCAGUUGCUUCUCCUGGUGUGAGUGCAGCUAUGCCACCACCCCCAAGGAACCCAUAUGCUCCAAAACAGGGAGAUAUUGCUUCUCCGGCUCCAGGAAUUCCAUCUGCCGCCAGCAACAUAAUCCCACCUCCAGUGACUAACAUUAUUCCUCCUGCUGCUCCCCAGACUGUGCCUUCGGCUUACAACCACGCGGAAUCCGUGCCGCCACCUCCACCGUCAUUCAAAGCACAAAGUCCGGCAGCAUCUCCAGCACCGCCAGCGCCGCCAGCACCCAAAUACCCUCCAGGUGAUAGAUCACAUAUUCCUGAGUCGGCCCAGCCUAUCUACCAGGUCUUAACAAGCGAGCUGGAGAAACUGAAGACCAAAAUCCCAGAGAAAUUUUCCAAGCAUUUGGCUGACUCCGAGAAAAGAAUCAAUAUCUUGUUCGACCAUCUGAAUAAUGAGGACUUGCUGAGUGAGCAAACGAUCCAGGAGCUGGUGUCACUAUGUGAGGCCAUGGCCAAGUCUGACUACGCGACGGCAGCAGCCUUGCAAAAUCAAAUAGCCCUGGAGCAUGUUGGUGAGUGUGGUGACUGGAUGGUCGGUGUGAGACGUCUAGUUACUAUGGCUGAAGCGGUUAAUCAAUAA